CUCGGGUCGAUAGAGCCUCCGCAGUGCCGUGUUAGACGCCGACACGCUUGGUGUGCCCCUCGUGCUCGUCGCAAGCCGAACAACAACUUUUGCAACUAUGGUGCUGGCUGCCGGGCACGUUCUCUCACACACAAAUUGAAUAGAGGGUGCGAUCGGCACAUUUUUGUUGGCUCGGGAAAAAACAUGCCAAAUCUCUUUGCUGCUCAUUUCGGCCCGUUGUUGACGCUGGAGAAGACCUGCUGUAAGAAUCGGUCGUCUGGAUGGCUCCUCAGGGAGGCGAAUGUGGUGUAAUGUGCGAGAAGAGAAAUGCUAUUAUGCCGAAGUGUUGCUGAAAUAACGUGGGCCGUGCGGAUUUCGUUGCAACGGAACACGAGAUAAAUGAAAAAUAAGUGAGAGCGCCGGCUUUAUAAACCUACCCGCAACCGACUGAAUGCCUGCGUGGACGGCGAGGGUGGCGGCCCCCUUUUUCGCCCCCUGUCCAAGUCGACCGGCGAACUGAGCUCUCCCACCAGAACCGAGAGCAAAGAACCGAUGGAACAACCACCGAGACCGAUGACCUCCACUGGCUCGGGCUCGAGCGUUCCUCAGCUUGCUGAACGCCUAUCCAUGGCCCAGAAGACGCACAGCAUCCUUAACGCACUAAAGACUCGAUUUUCGCGGAGCAGGAGCAAAGAACGGCGUCCGAUGCGGGAGGGCCGCCGAGACAGCACUGAUUACGCCGCUGACAACUCUUCGGACCACAGCAGCUCCGCAACUCCGCAAACUCAGUCGCCCAGACACCGCCUGUUCACCCUCCAGCACGACUCGUCACGGGGUAGUGAUCCAGCCUUAGCUCGUGAAACCCUCACGUCAAGUCCCAAAGGAUCGCCCAAACAGCAGAGGGCUCGCUCCGCAGUCCGACUAAUUGACACCAAAAGAGAAGCCUCAAUCGACACAGCCAACCCACAGGCGAGCACCUCUACCAACGCCCCGUCGGUUGCAGCAACGCCUGUUGUGGCAAUCGUAGACGAGGAUCAAAGACGGCGAGAAACAUGCUUAAGACAACAUUCCUUCUUCCAAUUACGGGUGCAUCUAAAGAGAGGCAAAGAUCUAGUGGCCAAAGAUACUGGAGGCACCAGUGAUCCAUACGUUAAGUUUAAGAUAGGAGGCCGGAUGCUGUAUAAAUCAAAAACAAUUUACCGUAAUCUCAACCCUGUGUGGGACGAGGUGUUCACGUUACCAAUAGAGGAUCCUUUUUUACCAGUGCAUAUCAAGGUUUUCGAUUACGAUUGGGGCUUGCAAGAUGAUUUCAUGGGCUCCGCGUUUCUCGACCUCACCAAGCUGGAGAUGACUACGCAGACUGAAUUAAAUUUAACACUGACGGAGCCGGCAACGAGCAAUCGCGGGUCGCAGCAGGUCACGAGUGGUGUUUACCUAGGAGAAAUCCAGCUCACUGUACUGUUGACACCAAAAUCACAAGAAGACAAAGAUCAGUAUUUCCAACGUAGUACAAAACUAGCUGAUGUAAAUAGAAGAUUGAAGAGCCAAAUAUGGAGUUCUGUUGUAACCGUAGUCUUAAUAGAGGGGAAGAAUCUGCUCCCGAUGGAUAUAGACGGCCUUAGCGACCCCUACGUGAAGUUCAGGUUAGGGAGUGAAAAAUACAAGAGCAAAGUAGUUUACAAAAGUUUGUCGCCGAACUGGUUGGAACAAUUCGACUUGCAUUUGUACGACGACCAAAGUCAAGAGCUGGAGAUCACAGUUUGGGACAAAGACCAAAGAUCUAAAGAUGACUUCAUGGGCAGAGGGUUUGGCAGGUGCUCCAUCGACCUGACCAAGUUCGAGCGGGAAAAAACGCACCGCUUCUGGCAGGAGCUGGAGGACGGCGCCGGAUCGCUGCACCUCCUCCUCACAAUCAGUGGCACCACUUCCUCGGAGACCAUUUCCGACCUCUCCUCCUACGAAGAAAACCCCAGAGAAAGGGCAAACAUCGAGUCUCGAUAUUUCCUGUCGCGGACAUUCCACAACUUGAAGGACGUGGGCCACCUGACCGUCAAGGUGUUCAGAGCCCAAGGCUUAGCAGCUGCCGACCUAGGGGGCAAGAGUGACCCUUUUUGCGUGUUGGAGCUAGUGAACGCGCGUCUGCAGACACAAACCGAGUACAAAACCCUUUCGCCGUGCUGGCAGAAAAUUUUCACAUUCAAUGUAAAAGAUAUGAAUUCCAUUCUGGAAGUGACUGUCUACGACGAGGAUCGAGAUCACAAGGUUGAAUUUCUGGGAAAAGUGGCCAUACCUCUUCUCAGAAUUCAAAACGGCGAAAAGAAGUGGUACGCGCUGAAAGACAAAAAGCUGCAUCUACGUGCCAAAGGCAACAGCCCUCAGAUACUUCUAGAACUAACAGUCAUCUGGAAUCCAUUGCGCGCCGUGAUACGAACUCUAAACCCGAAAGAAGAAAAGUACAUGCAGCCUGAAGUCAAGUUCAAGAGGCAGGUUUUCUUGCGCAACGUGAUGCGUCUCAAGGCUAUAAUAAUGUGGUUCAUCGACCUCAGCAAAUAUCUCUCGGGAUGCUUCGAGUGGGAGUCUAUUCCGCGCAGUUUGGUGUCGCUAGUCCUGUUCAUAGCGAUUUGCUACUACUUUGAGCCCUACAUGGUGCCAAUUGCAAUGUUGCUAGUCUUCCUCAAAAAUUACAUCGUUGCUUCAUUAACGGGCGGUUGCGUAGCUCGCGAUGAAGAUGAGGAGCCCUUAGGGGAUGACGAUGACGACGAAGAAGAUAAAGAUAAGGAGGAGAAGAAAAGUCUGAAAGAGCGGCUGCAGGCGAUUCAGGAGGUGACGCAGUCCGUUCAGAAUGCCAUAGGCUACAUUGCUUCUUUAGGAGAGGCCAUUAAAAACACAUUCAAUUUCACUGUGCCGUAUCUGUCGUGGCUGGCGAUCAUCAUGAUCAGCAUGGCAGCUAUGGUGUUGUAUUUUGUGCCGCUCCGCUACCUAAUCAUGACGUGGGGUGUCAACAAAUUCGCCCGCAAAAUCAUCAGGCCGCACACGAUCCCCAACAAUGAAGUUCUCGACUUUCUCUCCAGGGUGCCAGAUGAUGAAUCCCUCAUUUUGUAUCAAGAAUUAUGUGCUUGCGAUGAGAAACCUAGUGUUGUAAAUUGGCUUGUCGAGAACUCAAGCCUUAUUCGAUCAAUGAUCCGACCGAACGGCGACGUGACCCGCGAAAAAAGCAUAAGACGUCCUAAGCCGUUGGACAAAUGCUGCUAACAAUGUCGCCGCCCGCCCGAGGAUCAAAAAUUUAUAAGGCGGCUCUCCAACGUCUAGGCUAUAGCUGCUGCUGCUGAACACAAAGAAGCGCGAAAAUUGUGAUUCAAGAUAAAAAAAAAACCACCAAAGACAAAGUAUUUUUAAUUCAAAUCUCUCUUCGUUUCCAUGUGAUUUUUAUAUAGAUAGGGACAUUUUGACUCGCGUCUGGUACAAAAAUUGAUCAAAAUAACCAUUCAUUUUUUUAAGAUAAUCAUUCCAUUAAUUCGUCAAGCAGUGUAAUUGUGCGGUGAUCAAUCCUCAUAUAUACAAAGAGUUUGUGCGCGAAUUUUUCUUACCAAAAACCCAAAUAAAUGUAACGAACUUUGUGAAUCAAUAACCAUCUGCGAAACUGUAACUACCAGAGUAAAUUGUAUAAUAAAAUUCCCAUGUGUGUUCCUGGUCUAUAGCCAUUAAUCCGCCUAACGUGAGAAACAGCAUAAAAUACUAUAAUUCUCUAACUCUUCCUCCUCGUGUCUCAUUAUAUAAGGGAAAUAGUGUAUUCAAAAAUAACCUACUCUCGUCAUCUCACAUAAAAUGGUUCACUGCAAGAUUGCUUUUUCUCUCUUUCUCUUAUGACGUGUGAAAUGAUAUGAAGAAGGGUAACCCUGGAAUUUCAUUUUUGACAGCGCCGAAUCAUUGCAGGGGGUCAAAUUAGGUUAGGCAGCCGAAUUCAACAUGAAGAUAUGCCGAAAAUCGGUAAAAUCGUGAAAACUUCAGCCGCUUUUGGUCUGAACCUAGCCACGAGAACUCCAAUCAGAGAAGGGAGGGGUUCUCUCUGAUUGGCUGUUUGACGAAGCCAUUAUCGAGACAGCAGCGCCACAGCGACAACCAGCGGAAGCGAGUCAAGCGUCAAGUCUAGUUGUUGCUUGUGGCGCUGCUGUCUCGAUAAUGGCUUCGUCAAACAGCCAAUCAGAGAGAACCCCUCCCUUCUCUGAUUGGUCGGUGGCGUUCUUCUGGCAUUUUUUAGACCGAAAACCUGCCAAAGGGAACGAUUUUCGAGUUCCCACCGAUUUUUGACAGAGUGAUUCAGCUAACUAUCCUAAUUUUGACCCUCAGGAAUCGAUUGGCACGGUUAAAAAUGAAAUUCUAGGGUUACUUUGAAACUGUUCAAUCGGUGUUUUAUUGCCUGAAAAAGCAGUUGCGUUUUUACGAGAGCAAAAUAUCUGUCUUCUCUGCUUCGUAUUGAAAAUCAAAAUGCUUUUUGAAAAUAAUGUCUUUCCUUUGGGUGAAAAUUUGGUCAGCAAUUAAUAACAUUUGUGAGAAUCGCAGUGUUAGCGAAAAUUGGAGGCAUUUUGACUGUUGUAUUUUUAACUCGAUAAGUGGCUUCUUCUAUACCAUGUGAUUUGAGCAUAAUUUAUGCUUAUAUAUAAUGUUGAGUUUUCCAGAAUAUAUGUGGACUUGUAAUCUCUCUGUUUUUGCAACGCUGCUGUUACGACUAUUGAAAGAUCCCUCCACUUGGACUCAUCAUCAUUAAACUCUAUAAAGUCAUUGCAUAAAUUGAGCAAGAUAUUUAUUGAAGAUGUUAAUUAUUUAAUGAUGCUGUGUAUGCAAAUUACUACCGAAUGUUAAUUACUGAUACAUGUGUCAAAAACUUUCACGUGUGUGACAGCGUUUAUUACGCCAGCUGUCGAAAUUUCAUUGUCUCUUUAUAUAUGAAGUUUUUAUUAUUUAUUACAAAUAAAAUAAGCACAAAAUGCAAGAUUUAAAAUAUAACAA